GCCGUGUGACAAUCCGGUUCGAGACCGACUGUCUUCAUCAGCUGGUGUUCGCGGAGGAGCGCAUAUGCCAGAGUAGGUAGGCUGGUGCUGAAGAAAUUGGAAAACGAGCUCUUGAUCCCGACUAUUAAGAACAACGCGUUAGUUGUAUGCCAUGCGUACCAAAGGCUUUAAUCUUCCAACUGAGGAAGAAUUAACGGUUGAAGAAAUCAACCUCUCUACUCCAUCUCUUCGAGCUGGAGCAUUUCAUUUGGGCAAAUACUGUGAAACUCCAUCUCAGGAGUAUAUGCUCUGCCGACAUGAAGAAAAAGACAUCAGAAAAUGUGUUGACAUUGGAAAGGACGUGACGGCCUGUGGUCUUGAAUUCUUUAGGAAAGUGAAGAAGGAAUGCCUUGAUGAGUUCACACAGUUUGCUAACUGCAUAGACCAGUCUUCUGUGGACUUCCAGUUCGAAAAGUGUCGAAACACUCAAGCUGCAUUUGACAAGUGCAUGCUUGAGAAGCUGGACAUGCACAAGCCUCAACAUGGGUAUUACUGCAGAGCUAAGGUCCUCAAGACUGACCGCCCCAAGCCGCCAGGUUAUAUUUCACCGGAGUUCCCGGAUGCUCCCAAGCUCAUCCCCAUCCCACCUGCAGAGGAGCUCCCAGAGGCCAAGCACGGCUCGCGAAUCUUUGUCUGGCCUUAGUUCUCUCUUGCGUUUUGUUCAUGUUUUGGGUCUCGUACAUUGUAGAAUAACACUAUUCACGGACAUGUUGUUUAGUAACAUAUCUGCCGACCCAAAAGAUAGCUAAAAAUUGGAAAUCAUCGGCAGUUGUUGUUUAGUAGAUAGAUAAAAAUUGGAAAUCCUAAUGGAAUUGAACAUCAAAAAGAAAAAUUGUUGUCGGUGAUAGAUACAUGUUUCUAACUUAUAUUUUCGAGUAUUUCCACAAUCGUUCAAAUGUUAGCAACUAUGUAUUUUCUGUAUAAACACAUGAUUAUAAUACUGCGAUUUUUUCAUCAAUAAAAUUGAUAGUGUAUCUUAAACCAAAAAUGUCAUCGGCAACUGACAACGUUAGUAGAAACAAUCAGCCAUGCUAGAAUCAACACGCAUAUAUGAAAUUAAAAUACAUACGUUUUAAAACUGUAGUUAAUGGCCUAAAUUGGGAUUUGUAAAUACAUUUAAGAAAUGUU